AAAAAGGAGGAGGCUGACUUCAAUACCAGUAAUUUGAAAUCGCAUAAAGGGAAGAAGAUUAAGAGCCUUUCAUUAGGAUUUAAGGUCCAAGCUUACAUCACACUCAAAUUUUUACUGCAUACCUUUGUAGGACUGAAAGUGACGCAGGCUACAGCGCUUUCACCCAUGGCCAACUUGGAGAGAAACAACAAAAUUUUACUCGAUUUAGUGCGACUGCCUUCCAACAACACGUGUGCCGACUGUGGAGCUCCUGAGCCUGGCUGGGCCUCCUACACUCUGUGUGUGUUUCUGUGUGUCCACUGCUCAGGGAUGCAUCGGAACUUGCCCACCAUCAGCAAAGUGAAGUCAAUACGCUUGGACCUAUGGGAAGACUCCCUUGUAGAGGCCAUGCGAGUAAGAGGAAACUCUUUCGCCAAAGCCACAUAUGAAAAACAUGUUCCCGCUUAUUUCUACCGGCCUCAGCAGACAGACUGUGUCGUUCUUAAGGACCAGUGGAUCCGCGCCAAGUACGAGAGAAGAGAGUUCACAGGGGAACAAUUCAUUCAUCAAUCUAAUGGCCCAGAUACCACACAGGUAGUACUGUGGAAGAAGCGCAAAGACAACAGGAACUUUUUCAAAAGGAUCUUCCUGCUGUCCCGUAGUGACUUUACCCUUAAAUACUUCACCAAAGAAGCUUCUAGAGAUCCCAAAGCUGUAAUCAGCAUGAAGGAGCUGAAUGCGGUUUUCCAGCCCGAGAAGAUCGGUCACGCUCACGGACUGCAGAUCUCCUACAUGCACGAGGAACGGAGCAGGAACAUGUUUGUUUACCAUGACAAUGGACAGGUCAUCGUUUCCUUUUUUAAUGCAAUUCGUGCAACCCGCUUGGAGUACCUCCAGAAGAAGCAUCCCGGUCUCGGACUGAAUGAGUUAAUGCCGCAGAUAACCAGGCAUUGCCUCAAGGAAGGGUUUAUGGAGAAAACUGGCCCAACGCAGCGUGAGUCAUUCAAGAAGAGGUGGUUCACAUUGUGCACAAUGAAUAGGAAACUGCUUUAUUAUAAGUCUCCACUGGACGCCACAGAGCUGGGCGCCGUCUUCAUCGGCACCGAGAGCCACAACUACUCUGUGACGGGGGACAGCAGACACAGCUCCAGAGGAGGCCGCUGGCACUGCGCUAUCACUCUGCGGACUCCUGAGAGGCAGUAUGUGUUCAUGUGUGAACAGGAACAGGAGCAGCAAGAGUGGAUGGAAGCCUUUAGAAAGGUCAUAGGUCAGCCCAUGACCCCUGAAGACUACGCUAACGAAGCCAACUUGAGAAGAGGAAAAUGACGACUAGCAUCUCAAGUGUUUAACACGUAAACAAAGAAAAUGGGACACGCGGCCAUGACACUUAUAAGAAGUCAAGACUGAAAAAAUGUAUGCACUGUAAGUGGUCACCAACUUCCGCUCUUUUGAAAAUACUUUUUGCAAGAUUUCCAGAAGAACAUUAGUGCAGUCAAAGUUCAUGAUGUUAGCUAAGGUGUGCUUUUAACAGAAAGCUCACCCAAAAUGUCUUAAGGUUAACAAAUGAUUAACAAUGGUGCAAUUACACAAUUACUGGAUGAUACUGAAUAUAGGGUAAAACAUUUUUUCAAAUCAUUUGGGAUAGGCUCUAGCACCUCCCGCGUCCCCGUAAUGGACAAGCGGUAGAAAAUGGAUGGAUGGAUACAUUUAAAAAUAAAGUUAAUUACAAUAAAUAAAUUACAUAUUUCUUAGCUGAUUUUUUUUUUUUGAUGACUUUACUUCAUUCAUGACUGUUAUUUUUGAAGUAGCAGCACUCCUCUGUUGUUUGCCAGCUUGCAAACAACCUUUCCUUCAGAGCAAUGGUGUAUGUGAGUGACAGGAAGAAAAGCUCAGACUCGCUUGGAAACUCCACAGAUAAGUAAUAAAUAAUCUGGAAAAAAAAUGUUUUUUAUAUUUGGGUCAAUAUGGUAAUUGGUAUAAUAUUCAAUUUGAUUGGUUGGUGAUAUUUAUUGGUGUGUUUUUAUUAUUAAAUGACUCCAAACAUACUAAUACAGAAUUUGCAUUUUAUUUGUUUG